AUGAACUCCAAAGCCAAUUACCCUCCCAAGCCUUUUGUUCUAUCUGCUGCUGCUGCGGAUUCUCUCGAGCAGUUGGCUGACCAACUCGUGGCUGAGACUUUGACUGCAAAUGACGAGUUCAUUUCUCGAGGCUGCAUCACCGAUAAAGUUCAAUGGAGGUCUUUGAAGAAGAAAGAUAACAUAACCGCGUACCGGUCGCGAAGUUGGAGAACCUCCAAGCCUCGACCGCGGAUAAACAGCGCAGACACGGACGCACUGGCAAAAUUUCCAGAGAAACCAGAAUUUUACCCCGUCACAGAAAAGAAUAUACGAAACGCUUUAAAUUCCUCGUACUUGGGCGUCAGUGCGACGUGUCCAGAGGUCAACGACUUCGAAAACAAAUCAUUAGAAGUGGAAACGAUGGAGAAAUCACGGCCCGACCAUGUACCUAUGGUAUUUUGUACUGGAUCUGUUCCAGGUAGUGUCGAGGACGCAGCGUUGGGGUUCCUCGCAGACACAGAAGCUCGUACGAGAACACGCACUUCGAAAUGUACCGACGCAAAUGUCGAUGAUGCGAAGAUCUUGGCUCGAAUCGAAGGACCAAGUUACGAAGAUCCGUUCCGAUUUCUAGGAGUCAAAUGGCUCACUCUGUCCACUCCUGGAGCUGCUAAACACUUCAUCAAGGCACGAGAUUAUCUCGUACUCGAGUCAAGUGGAAUGGCUCUUGAUUCCGAUGGAGAGCUCUUCUGUUAUCUGCUUAUCCACUCCAUUGUAUUGGAUGAAGUGCCCGAGUUCGACAGCUUUGGCUUCGUACGACAAACAUUCUCGACGUGCCACAUCAUCCGUCCUUACACAGAGGGCGAAGUAAAAGUCUUCAGUCGUGGCUUCACAGACUCCACUAGUAAAUUAACCGAGCGGUUAAGUAUGAACCAGCAUUGUGAUAUUCUCAUGGCUGUACCGCAGAUGAUCGAGGAGGCGAACACUAGAAAACUGAUGUGGCUGCUUCAAAAUGAGCGUCAGAGUGUUGGUCAUCUCCGUCCAGCUCAAGAACCGGAGCAACUUGACACUUGCCAAAGCUGCAAUGACAACUUGAGCAGCGGUCUUGGGAAACUGUUCGACUACUCGAUAUGUGUUCUCUGCCGACACUCAGCCUGUCGAAAGUGUACAGUCAAGAUAUGUUUCACUGGUGAACACAAGAUGAAGACGAUGAUAAAGUUCUGUCUGAAAUGCUAUUUAGAAGCCAAGCGCUUGUCGGCGUGGCGAGUAGGAAUCAACUCGCUCUCUAUCACAGGAAAGGUUUAA